ACCAAAAAAGGUUCCAAAUCAUUAGCAUUGACACAACUACUCCAAAUUUCCCUCGAAAAAAAUGUGCUACGGCAGUCAAAAAUUCCCGUCAAAAGACGCCUUAACCAACCCGACCCGGACCCGAACUACACCGGCGGCGAACGAGAAUACCGUAGUAGUCAAUAACCUCCGAGACCGGUUAGCCGAGACGGAGGCGCGACUUGAGCGAGCCAGGGCUCGAGAAGUCGAGCUGAGCCGCCAAUUAGAGGAGAUGAAGCGGUUCGUUUGCGUUAUGGAGAUCCUCGAAUGUUACCUCAAGCGCCGUUACAGCGAACAGCAAGUUAAAACCCUAGCAGUGGUUAGCAGGAGUAAAAUUGUAUAGGAAAAAAGGUAAUUUGAAAGCAAAGAAGGGUAAAUUUGACUUUUACUUCUUGAUUAAUGAUUUAGGGUUUCAUGUUUGGGUUUUUUGUUCAUGUAAUCAUGUGUUUUGUAAUCGUCAGUGUUACAUAGAAUAGUAAAUCAAUUGAACUUGGAAUAAACUUCGCUUGUACUGUUGUAUGUCUUUAGCUUGGUGUUAAUGUGGAUGUUAAAUUGUUGAGCUAAAUAGUAUAGUAAAUUAUUGAAAGUGAAGUUCCAUGAGUAGCUGAAGGGAAGUUGUUUGUGCAAGGCUUUCAGUUAAAAGUUGAGUUUUUAAACAAGGUGAUUUUUUCUUAUCUGUCUUGCCUAAGCCAUGGUGGUAGAGUUGUCAGGAGCUCUUUUACCUUGGAAAUCCAUACAAUUAACUCAUGGGAAGUUAGCCGCACGCACGAAUGAUAUAAAUGCUACCGUUGCUUUGGCUUUACUCACAUUGGUGGCAUAUUUCUAUGCGGGUCUUACAAAAAAUGCCUUGUUGGCCACCACUUGCUGACGACGAAACGCAUCGUCAAUUAAAGGGUCCUCGCCUUGGACUUAGUUGUAAAGGUAUGUGUUCGGCAUGUCCCUUGCUUGCGAACUUCUUUAGUAGGGCGGAGGUGCCAUUCUUCACGUUUAUCGGUACUUGUGCUGAUGGAAGGUAACAUAUAUAUGUGUCGUAGAAUAGUUGAGGUGCGCGUAAGUAAGUUCGGACACUGCCAUCAUAAAAAAGGUUGAUUUGUUUCCGCAGGAAAACUAUCUUGACCAUAAUGGUUUAGGAUUCAACAAGAAUUUGCUAAAAUGCGAAAGUUGGUAUUUAGAUUGUCACUCAUAAUUUCUUUGUUAGAAGAUUGUAGGUUUGAGUAUUUUCCCAACAAGGUUUAGUGAAUCAAACAGAGGAAAUGGAUGUUUUUGUGUGCAUUUGUCAUUGAAUCAAAUAAUAUAUAUGCAGGCUUGGACAAUGAUAUUUUGUGCAAAACAAUAAAUUUUAGAUUUACUUGUGAUGUGCUCUAUCUUUUAUUUAGCUGAGGGUCUAUCUCCCUUCCAGGGUAAGGGUAAGGCUGCGUACAUCCUAUCCUCCCCAGACCCCACUUGUGGGAUUACACUGAGUUAUUACACUGAGUUAUUAUUAUUGUACUUGUGAUGUGUUCUGUUGUUGUCAUUAAGGUGCCCUUUGUUUACAUGUGCCUGUGAUUUACAAAUGAAGCAAACAAAUGAAGCAGAAGUUAACCUUAUCCCCCCCUCCCCCAAAAAAAAAAACGACAAGAAAAAUGAAGCAGAAGUUAGAAACUAGAUGCUUAUUUAUGGCGUACAACAGGAUAUCUUAGCAGUUGUUUAGUUCUUUCACUUUGAUCCUUCAAUUCUGAAGAAGGAAGUUUCUUCUAAAGUUCAUGUUUAAGGGCCAAAAAAAGAGAAGCGCUAACUGAACCCUUGUAGUAGUAUUUUUUGAAAUUUCUUAGCAAGAGUCCAUUGCAAGCUUGUAUUGGGGUGAGGUGAUCAGGCAGGACGUGACGCGGCUUCAGAUUUCCGAGGACGUGGCUUUUGAUAGGAAAGUGUGGAGCAUUAGAGUUGAAGGUUAGGAGGUAAUCGAGCGUUUUUCCUUCUUUGUAUCGGGAGUGAGGCUAGUCUAUUAGUGUUUUGUCUUGGACUGCUAGUGGUUUAUGUUGUAUCCUCACUAUUUUUCCGUUUUUUUGUUUUGUUAUAGUAUUGCGGCAUUAUUA